UGGUUCCUGAAUAUACCCUGGCGCACAGUGGUGACGCAACGACGCAUAGACUCGUCGAGUCGGGGCUGGCUCACAUCCGUUGCACCUGCAAAGUGACGUUAUGCAGAGCAGGUGGUCAUGGCUUGGAAGACGAGGACCCGCAAUUUACAGGUGUUUGACACGGAGCUGAGUGCCGACACGGUAGAGUGGUGUCCGGUUUUAUCGAGCCACGACAUCCUGGCAUGCGGGACAUAUCAGCUACAGAAAGGGGCAGGGGAAGAGUCUGCUGCCCCGAGCCGGACCGGUCGUUUGUACCUCUUUGAAUUUCGGCGAGAGGGAUUGAUGAGCCCUCCUCUAACUGAGCUUCAGCGCACAGACACAGCGGCCAUUUUAGACUUGAAAUGGUGCCACGUGCCGGUGUCAGGGCAGGCAGUUCUAGGAGUGGCAGCUGCCACCGGAGAGCUGCAACUGUACACACUGUCAGACAGUCAGGAAGGCGGCCGCAGUCUGCAGAUUCUGAGCAGUUUUGAAGUGGGAGUGGAUCGCCUGGCUCUGUCAUUAGACUGGUCCACUGGAAGAAUGGACAGCAGCUGUGACGUGCGGGUGGUGUGCAGCGACUCUGCAGGCUGUGUCAGUGUUCUCUCCAUGGCUGAAGGUGCCCUGACGGCUCUGUCUCAGUGGAAGGCCCAUGACUUCGAGGCCUGGAUCUCCGCCUUUUCCUAUUGGGACACACAGCUGGUUUAUUCUGGUGGUGAUGACUGCAAACUUAAAGGCUGGGAUCUCAGGGUCGGUCCCUCCUCCCCCACUUUUACCAGUAAAAAGCACUCGAUGGGUGUGUGCAGCAUUCACAGCAACCCACAUCGUGAACACAUCCUGGCUACAGGCAGCUAUGAUGAGCAGGUCUUGCUGUGGGAUGGCAGGAACAUGCGGCAGCCUCUCAGUGAGAGUUCCCUGGGUGGUGGAGUGUGGAGGCUGAAGUGGCAUCCGACCCAUCAGAAUCUACUGCUGGCAGCCUGCAUGCACAAUGACUUCCAUAUCCUUAACUGCCGGCCGGCCCUCGAGGGCAGUGGAGGAGUGUGUCCUGUCAUAGCCUCCUACAUCCUCCACAACUCCCUGGCAUAUGGAGCCGACUGGUCCCGGCUGUCCCUGGAGGAACCUGCUCCGGGCUCCCCUCCUGCUGCGGAACCAAAGGAAAGCCUUGCAGAGAGUGGAGGACACUUGAGGAUUCAGUAUGAGUCUCCCACCGCCAGCUUUGACACUUCCUUGGAGGACGAUGCAGGACGAUACAUCCCAGAGGACAUCGCAACGCCCUCCACCACCCGCGCUGCAGUUCCUGCCCUCGAGUGUAAUGAGGACGCCCCUUCACUGUCCUGUCUGUUGGCGAGCUGCUCGUUCUAUGACCAUAUGCUCCACGUGUGGCGCUGGGACUGCACUCCAGAGCAGGCUUAGCAGGAAUUAGAGCAGUGAUGACCAGGCUGUAGCACUGGCUGCACUGACACUAUAUCAAAAUCUAACCUGUACCGAAGUCAAGCAGAAUGUACAGCCCAGCUAUUAAAUGGGCAUGUUAUACUGUUAUUCCAUUCACUGUCUCCACACUCCCAAAAUAUGCAAUUAGGAAAACACUAUAUUUUCAUAACGAUUUUUAUAAACCUGUAUUUAAACAAAAAUUGUUUAUAAUGCUUAUACUGUAUUUCUUGAAGCAAAAAGAUCAAUACAUCUACUCACUCACAUUCGUUCACUUCAUUAUAGCUUUUUAAAGCACUUUGGCUGUGUUCACACUGCAGGCCUUGAAGCUGCAAAAGGCAUGAAUGAAAACAACCAAUCAGAGCUGAGAAAGAGACACAUUGGGUUGGUGUCUUAAAGAUGGUUGAUUGCUGACUUGCUAAUUUCUUGUCAGUAUUUGACAACAUGGGAAUGAACUAUAACUCUCGGCUCUGAUUGGUUGUUUUCGUUUAGGCCUGGUGGAUAUUUGCAAAUGCCAUUAGGAAAACUAGGAGGAGCCAGAGGAACCUGAUUUUUUUCUGUCUCAUGUUCUAGUUUCAGCAAAUGUUUUUUUUGUUUGGUUGUUCGCAUUAUUUUUUAAUUGUGGCUCAUAUCGGAUUCCAGUGUGAAGAGGUCAUGUGACCCAUAGGACAACCGCAGGUCUAGAGUGACGUAAAAGGCAAAUUAAUUCUGAUAAGACUGUUCACACUGCAAAAAUCAGACCUGUAUCUUUUUCUGGAGCAAUGUCUGCUACUUUCUGCCCAGAGGUGUUUGUGGAUGGAGUCAGAGCAAAAGUGGCUAAAUUGAAGAGAUCAAAUUCCAUGUGAUUGAUGUUGUUCACACUGCAUCUGAUUUCUGCCUACAGUGUGAACAUUUUCCUUUGUGAUCAUGUUUAGAAAAACUGUGAAAAAAACACCAUGAAGACCUAUGCAGUA